CACCGGUUGUGAUACGUCGUAACGAGUACUCCCUCUACCUACUUUAAUAUCGUAAAUAAUAUAGCCUGGUACUUAAAUUGCUCCUCUUAUGCUCCUUUUUUUUUUAAUAUCGUAUUGUCAAAGUUAUUCGAUUGCUUUAAGUGUAAUUCAUUAAUAUUUUUGAGACGAUGAGUGGAAUUCUUCGUAGGGAGGUGCUGAAUACUUUCAAAAAAUUACACAAGACUCGUCUAAAUACUUUUAAAGGAGACGAACACGCUUUGAAUGUCACAAGGAAAAAGAUAAACGAUGAAUACGCGAAAUAUAAACACGUAACUGACGAAAAGGCCAUCGCUGAGUUAAACGAAUUGGCAAAGGCCGUUGAACACGAAGUCCGAACAACCGUUAUUCAAGCUGUUGAAGUUGAGCCUGGAAAAUUUCAAGUUCAAUUAACGAAGGAUACAGUUAUGCUCGACAAUAUCCCGGAUGAAGCUGCUCUGAAGCAAAUUAAAAGUAUGCGACCAGGUAGAAGAUGUUCAGAUGUAAAAGAUAGUAAAGCAAUAGAUUAAAGUAUUAUAAUAAUAUUGCAUAGAAAUAUGAUCCUGUAGAAAUAAUGACUGAAAUAAAGUUAGUAUAAACUUUUAAA